AUGCAUCACAUUGUCCGCAAUACCAAGGCAAUUAAUCCAACCGACUCUCUUCUCCGAGUAUCCAACCUGGUGCCACAUCUAGCAGCACGCGAUCUCAGCUACCCUCACCAUCCGAGACGUGUCCGAGAUGUGUCCAAUCAUCUUCGAGAACACGGCAUCCUCAAGGUCAGUCUUGCUUUCCCGGACGAUACGAGCCGAUAUCUGCAAGAUCUGGUCCACAGCCUUCACCGAAACCAUGGCUACAUCUUACCUAUUGCGCGCAGUGCAGCGCGUGGUUGGUUCUGGGAUGUCCGACCAAACGAUACAAUUGUCCAAAGCCACAAUCACCAGGCCCGGUCCGAGACUAUGCAGGACUUUCCGUGGCAUACGGACUGCAGCUAUGAGGAGUCUCCUCCCGGCUACUUCGCGCUACAGAUCCCUACAGAUCCUCCAACACGAUUGCCAGGGUGGCGUUUGGCAUGCCGUGUAGCUUUCACGAUUGCCUUGGGAUUCGAUGCUCCGGACCCUGCCUGUUGCAUAUCUGGGGCAUUCCGCUUUGAUCUUGUCAAGUUCAUCGAUAUUAUCAAAAGUCGCAAAGGACACGCCAUAUUUGCGGGCGACCCGGAUGGCCGACUCCGGCUUGCACGUAUGAGCAAAGAUGAUCCUGGGCGGGUCGAUUCCCAGGCUCAGAACAAGCUCGAUAUCCGCCAGGGAAGCGCAAUCGAAUCCCAGCCCAAGGUCUGCCGGAUGUCGGAGGAGACGACGGUCUUAAUUGCAUUUCACAGCCAUUCCGCAACACUCUCAGCACUUGAUCCGUACCACCUCAACUCGGAGAGUGGCGACUGCGCGUUGCCGCGUCACUUCACUUAUGUCAGCCACGAAGAAAGGCCUGUCUUGCUCAGCGCCAUUUUCGGACUCUUCCAGCUCACGAAUUCGGCGGAUGAUGAGCUCCUCAACUGUACUGCCCGGAAAGAGUUUGCUGUUGGCCAUCUUUGUUACUGUCUCGUAGUAUCCUGGGCUUCCGGUCGAUAA